AGGAGAGACUUGAGUAAUUCGGAGCUGCUUCUUGCUAAAAUUCGUUUUUCUUUGUUUUUGUUUCGCAGUAUUGCAAAGAAAAGGAUGCUGCAUGCUAAACCUGCUUUGUUUUCGUUACUUUUACUCGUCUUUGAAUAGACGUUGCAUUGUCGACGCGCAUGCCCCUGUCCUGUACUGAGAAAGCUCCCUGUAUUUUUGUUGUUGAGCCACUUUAUCCGCCACUGGGCGAAGAAUUUUAUGUGAGAAACCAAUAGUAGGAUCCCGUGCUGUCGCUCGAGGCAAAUUUCUAGGGCAGUGCAUGUUUGAGCCGCGUCGCGACCUUAUGGUCGGCGGGUCACCUCCACGAUUACCGGUUCCUGGCGGGCCGGCUACCGCGACAGGAGACUCGGCGUAGGUGCACGCAUCAAGAAUCGCGGGCGUGGAUCUCACAGACUCUCGGUGAGGGUCGAUUAUGAAUCCCGACGAGCUACCGACUGCCCGCUUGGGCAACUCGGGGCUGCAGCCCCUGAGGCCCGGGAGUGGCGGAGCUGGCCUGCCACGGAUAUCUCCCCCAGACACACCGCCAGAAUCCGCAAAGUCAACUGCACGACAGAGCUUCAACAACCAAGCAACGCCCAAGAAGAUAAAAUGGGUGCCCCACACCCACUCAAAUCCCAUGCACGCCCGGUUUUGCUACAUGUGCCUGCACGGAGCGCUGGAAGGAAAAGACGUAUAGCGUUUUUCAUUUAGCAGCCAUAGUAAGUACUUACAGCCAGCAGCUUGCUUCUCCGGUUUGGCUUUUGACUUUUCUAUCUGCCUUCAACUGCAUCGCGCCCACGUGGGCUUUGUUUCCCAUUAUAAAGUUCGCUUAUUUUUUUGUUUCCGAAAAUAAAUUUGUGAAAACAGGAGCUUAUUGCCGAAGAGAUAAAAGUGGACGACGACGACCUGCCGUCAGCGGUGGAAAUGCGAAAUCGCGGAUACCUAAACGUGAAGGAGCACGUGAGGCAGCUUGCCGACUUCCGGAGGAACAACCUGCCGGCCACGUGGCUGCGAGAGAUUGUCAAGGAGGUGUACGCGCAAAACAAAAAUCUGCUCUUGGAGCUGAACACGCAGAUCGCGCGCGAGGAUCCGCGGUCCCCCGUCUGUGGGGGUGGAACCUGGUUCCUGGUGUACGAAGACGAGGAGAAGCGGGACUGGAAAGUCGUGGAGAGGCUUUUCGAGCUCCUUCCGGACGACCUGCGGCACCUGGACAAAAUGUCGGAGCUGCUGACAAAAUUUUGCCGCUCGCGACCACUGUUCACGUACAACCCGCCGCCACCAAAAUUGGAGGAUUGGUGCAAGGUAACGAUCCUCGAGAAGGAGAAGAAGCGGUUGGUGUAUACGCCGAUGGCAGAUCUCUCCGGGCUCCCUCCCGACACGCAAAAAAUGAUCGACGACUUGGAAGAGCGAGCAGUGCAAACAGGGUAGAUUUUUUCGCGCGUGGCUUAUAGUUUUUUCGACUUGGAAGGGCGAUUUUUUCGCGCGUGGCUUAUAGUUUUGUAUCACUGAUGUUGUGCGACUGCGAGUGCGUACCCUGAUCAAAAAUGGUAUGCGCUUUGUUCCUAAUGCUUGUCAUUCCCAAUCCCAUAAGUGCAGGCUCAAAUAAGGAGGAUCUCCGCGAAACGAACCGUAUAAAAACAGGUCAACCGAGGAACUGCUGCCGUGGCCUUCGACUUUGAGAAGGUUGGGUGACUUCAAGAUCAUUCCAAGAAAAUACACAAACGACGAGAUUCCGGCCUACGAGCCGAUGGAAGCGCCACUGCCACGAAGACCAGACAUUCCGAAUAUCGGGGACCCGUUCCCGCGGCCAAACUGCUACAUCCACCAUUUUCAGGAAAAAGGAAUGCCAGAGUUUGAGGUACCGAUGCACAAACGCAAAGAAUGUUGAUGUGAAACUGCUUCUGUAGCAAAGGCCGUAGCAAAAGUUCUCCGUGCGUGUAAGUACUUACAGCUAAAUUUGAUAAAUGAACGGAAGAUAUAAUCAUGCAUUGUUUGACGAUACAUUGACAGGUGCCACUCGCAGACCCACAGCAGUUCCCACCGCGGAAAAUUGACCUGGAAUACAUGCACCCGGCACACAAUUAUACCAUGCGACACUUUCCCAUGCAACCUUUCUUGGAUCAUCCGGUCUGGCCGCCCGUCGAGUUUGUUCAGGAAUACGACGAACCUCUCGCCGCAGGCUUUGAAAAGCAACUGAAGAAGACACGAAAGGUCAAGAGAAAAAAGCUCAUCACCCGCGGCAUCUGGGAACCAGAGCUGGUUUCCAUGCGAGGGGAGGUGCUGCCACCGUACAUGGAGCGCGUGCGAACAGAAAAGCAUGCCGGCACGGAGGAGGACUUUGACGAAAUGCAAGUCGACGACAGUACUAUAGCAAUAAUUGCGGAUGUCUUUCUUGUUCUACUCUGUCCAGUUUUCUACUUCUCAAAAAACUUUUUUGGUAUCCACUGCUAGAAGAAUAUUGCGCGAGCGAGCUGAUGCUUGGAAGAUCCACAUUAAACCUCCUCACAGAAGAACAAAUUGCCACACCUUCAACUAACAAACAGGCGUUUACGUGACCCUGAAGGGUGGCACGCGUCUUGUGCAGGAUAUGAUUUCCAUCAUUUGCGUUCGGAGUUUCGCCCGCUUUCCGCCAAGCCCGGUGAAGCUGAAGUUUCCGGAUUUCUUGAACAACAUCGCGACCGUGGACUGGACGAACGAGAACACGAUGCUGAUCGUGAAACAGCGCCACGAGAUUCUGAUCAAGGAGAUGGAGCGCGAAGAGCGCGAAUUCCGAGAGGCGCAAACCAACGAACAGCAACUCCAGGCCCUGGACAUCGACUACGAUAUGGCCAACCCGCCAGCGGGAGAAGCCGGCGUAGGCAGCCAAUUGGGCGGCGGCCCGAGUCAAGAUGAAAUCAAGCACGGUAUAACUAAUUCUAAUUGUUGAAGCACGUAGCAAUGAAUAAGAAGUACGCAAUAGCCUCUUCCGCAUGGGUUUCUUGCAAUAUUAUUCGCCUUAGGAUAAAACUUCACCAGCGAACUGGAGCAAACACUAUCAUGAGGAUCACAACUACAUGCUUUCAUUUCACUCAUUUUGCCACAGAUGACUUCCAAAUUAUCGACGACGAUAACUACCACGAGGAUGGUUUGCCGGAAGAGAAGAAAAUCGAGCCCAUGAGCGAGGCCACGCGACAAGAGAUCGAUCAGCGGGAGCAGGACGCACAGCAGGCCGCCGCCCAGGCGGGCGCCGGGGGAAGCGCGGCGCCCCCCGGGGCGCCAGCAGCACCAUCGGCAUCGUCACGAGUUGUGCCGCAGCACGGAGACGGAGCAGACUCCUCUUCUGGCGUCGAUCAUGGGGACGAGACCUACGCAAGCGGGGCGGGAGUUCAGGUAUACUUGUGCAACUGUUCUGAGCUGCGGCUUGAUUCAUUCUGAUUUCACUCGUAAGAACUCGAAGCGUAUCUAUGUAAGACGUGGGUUUGUGCUGAUUGUUUGUGUUUCAGAUCAUUCAAUACAAGGGUCGGGGCCGUCUUCAGGUGCUGGAAUUUGCACUUCCUUCGAAAAUUAUUGCCUUGUGCUGUGACAUUGAAUCUAGGUCACGACAGCGUUUUUUUUACUUUCCACUCUGUUUCUCUUCUACUGCACUUCUUUUGAAAUUGAUUGUGUCGAGAAAAAUGAUCACAAAAACAAGAAUGUCAGGCUCCAUCGAUGCAGCCAAAUUCGAUGACGAAGGACCAGCUCGUGUUGCAGCGGCAUCAGAAGAGGUUGCAGCAAAUGAUCGAUAAGGACAAGGAAGAGAAGCGCAUCGAACAAAUCUUGACGAAAGACAAGUUCCUGGACGUGCUUGCGGGCAAACUGUCCGAGAAGAUGUCCGUGAGCGCAGCGCUGACCCAGGACCCCGCACGAGGGCCGGGUCGCGUCGACACUUCGAGGGAGUUGUGGCACGCCGGGAUGGAAUUCAAUCGUCCGGCCGGGGACUUGACCAGCUACCGCACGCCGACCGGUUCGCACAUGACAAGUAUGCAGCAGCCGCCACAACCAAACUUCAUCGACGACGACGAUAUGGCCAAAGUCGAGGGGAACAAACUGCCAAGAUCGUACUUGCUUUUUUCACGCUUCUGUUUUCUUUUUUUUUUGCUUUUACUUGUGCUCGACAGCGCGAAUUGAUACAGCAUGUUUCUAAAUCUCCGUCUUGUACGGCGGUUUUAGCGGUCACUAUCACUUCGAUGUAUAAUACCUUUACCUACAACUUCAACAGACUUCGUGGCGACGACGUUGCGGGUCCCACGCCGGCGUUGGCGAAGAGCAAGAUCGCCGAUGCGAACACGUAUACCGAGGAACGGGCGCGCGGCGACGCGUAUGUGCGCAUGAUCACGAAGCCGGACGAGGAGGGCGCGAAGAAGCACGCAAAGCCGUACAACCCGAUCCUGAUGGAACCGGACGACAAUUUGGUGCUGGGCGAGCAGUUUCACCUCAAGCAGGGCAAGGAAGACGACGUGGAAGAGGAUUUCGCCGACCUGGAAGACUCCAACACCAUGCUGUUUUCCUUCGUCCGACACAACCGCUACGAGGCGCUACAGUCUCUACUGGAACAGGACGCGAGUCUCAUUCACGUACUUACUUACUUUCUAUCCAGCUUUUAAUGUUUGCGAGAGUGGCUGUGGUUGAGAAAAAAGAAAAAGAAAAUGCACAUCGACCACAGAACCAUGUAGUAGAGUCGAAUUGCCAUCGGCUUUAGUACUCUUUUAUCUGCACCUCGUCCACACAUCAGGCUACCGACGACCGCAAGAACACGCUUCUGCACAUUGCCUGCCAGAACAACCACCGGCGGAUAUCGAAGCUGCUCAUUCGUGCCGGCGUCGACAUGGACGCACAAAACACGAAGGGAAACACCGCGUUGCACUACUGCUACGCCUACAACUUCAUGCAGCUCGCCGGGGUGUUGCUUGCCAAGGGUGCGGACGACGGGCUGCUCAACGAGCUCAACCUGCCCCCCUCGAAGGGGAUCGCCCUCCCCGACCCGCACACUGGCUUGGUCAAGCACGAGAAGCAAAUCGAAAAAGCGAUCCGCGACGGCAACCCGCAGACACUGGAUCCAGCGGAAAACUUGAGGCCGAGGUGAGCAGCCGCAUGAUCGUGUUGAGAAAGCGGUUGUACAGUACUAGCGCGGAACAAAAAUGUAACUUCGACGGUCUUGGAAGUAGUCUUGCCAUCUCCUCGGGUGUCUCACGACGAGAAAGAGGAGGAACAGGACGGAGUAGACCGAGAAAGUUAGUACCUCGGUCACGGUGGUGGAUGUUGGCAUCUUCCUGAGACUUCUUUCCUGGAGGAAACAGGAAGUACAAUAGUACAAUUCGUCCAGACCACCGUUCUUGUAUCAAAUUUCCAGUUUCAAAUGUUUCCUGAGAAUCUUUCUACUUUCCUGAGAAUAUUUCCUGAAAAUUAGCAACACAUCGCUGAAAAUCUACUUUCCUGAGAAUAUUUCCUACUUUCAAGCAAGAUGCUCGCAACGGUGUCGCAUCUUCGUACUGCGACAACGAUAUUGCGAGUAGUGCGGAGCGACGGCUCUGUUUUGUUGAAUUUACAGACCUAGAAUUCAUCAAACGCUUUUCUUUGCGCAAAGCAAGAAAUGAAAUUGAGCUUUGUAUAAUGGAAUGAAAGACCACUUGAAACGACCUUUUGUUAACCUGUACUGUCUGAAAUGUUUCAAACUCAACUGUAUGUGCUUUGGUAGGUGUAGCGGUUGGCGGUUAUGUACCACACCAGGAAAU